CCGGUUGUGAGGCAGGAGUGAAAAAAUAAAAUCAAAGUCUGAGGUCAGCAUGGCUCAGUUUUCAACCAUGAAAAACCAGGAGGGAAGAGAGUAGACAUUACCAAAUGGACGGGGUAAAAUAUUUUACAAGUGUAGCUGCUGUUCAACUUAUAAAGUAAUGCAGCGACAUGCCACACUGACUACAGACCCAGCUCUGUGGAACUUCAUCCCCUGCACUCGCUCUGAACUGAGGCUUGACAUCGUCCUUUCUUGUGGUCAGUCAUUCCGUUGGCAGGAGAGGAGCCCUGGGCACUGGACAGGUGUCUUAGCUAAUCGUGUAUGGACCCUGACGCAGACAGAGGAUAAGAUCUGGUAUCGGACCUAUUCUGAGGAGGCAGAAAAUGCCAUUGAAGAGUCAACGAAAAACCAACAGAGACAAGGACUUUCCACAAACACAAUAGAUGUUAAAGUGAAAAAGGAAAAUGAAACUGAGGCUCAAAUUAAAGAUGAAGAUGGAAAUUUCCAAGCAGCAGAGAUGAAGUUUUCUGAAGUGAAAAUGGAACCCGUACAGCAUGUGCAUGAUACCAUACCUGGACGAUUGAAGUUGGAAUGCAGUGCUGCAGAUGAAGAGGAAUGCAGGAUUUUAACCGAUUACUUUCAGUUGCAUGUCUGCCUCUCGGAGCUCUACUCACAUUGGAGUCAAGCAGACAAACACUUUGAGCGAGUAGCACAAGAUUUCCCUGGUGUCCGCGUCCUGCGGCAAGAUCCCACUGAGUGUCUCUUUUCUUUCAUCUGCACCUCCAACAACAACAUCUCACGUAUCAGUGGAAUGAUCGAGCGCCUGUGCCAGAUCUAUGGAGAGAGGCUGUGUGAACUGGACUCGUACACCUACUACUCAUUCCCAACACUGCAGGCCCUGGCAGGAGAUGAUGUGGAACAACAAUUGCAGGCUCUGGGAUUUGGAUACAGAGCAAAGUACAUCAAUCAAAGUGCAAAGCUGAUAUUAGAGACACAUGAUUCAAAUUGGCUGAAUUCACUUCGUGAGGCACCAUAUGAGGAAGCAAAGCGUGCAUUGCGCACUUUACCUGGUGUGGGAGCAAAGGUGGCUGACUGUGUUUGCUUGAUGUCUCUGGAUAAACCAGGAGUUAUUCCCGUGGACUCUCAUGUCUGGCAAAUCUCGAAGCGUGAUUAUCACUCCUACUUGGGGGCAGGUCAGAAGACUCUUACUGACAAGGUGUAUCGAGAAAUCGGUGAAUUUUUUCGUAACCUUUGGGGUCCUUUUGCUGGCUGGGCACAAUCUGUUUUGUUUUCUUCAGAUUUGAAGAAAUUUCAGGGAUACAAGUCUAACCAGGAUUUACAGGAAAACUGAGAAACCUUGAGCUAACUGUUGGUUACUAUUGGUCCCAUAUAAUGUAGAGGAUAAUGGGAUUACGGUUUUACAUUCUUCCAAUGAUAUUGCUCUUGCGACCACCAUCCUGCCUCACCGUUUUUAAGCUUCAGCACAGUCUGGGGCCCAGUUUUUCUUUCCCUGUGGAGCAACACGGACCUAUCUCUUUCUCCAAAUUUGUCUUCCACCAGCUUUUAUUGUGCAAAUGUUUUUCAGAAUUAUCAAGGCCAGACAUUUUGAUCUCCUAUUUUCUGUCAUGAUUUUUAUUCUUAAGAAUGUUCCAGUGGAGCAGUAGUGCUAUCAUACAGCAAAGGUAAGAGUCUGCAAACGCUAUCCAGACUGGGGUGUCUUGGUUUUGUGUUCACCAAAGCAGCAGGCAGCCUGGGUGUUACUGUCAAAUGGGAGUAUUCUGCAAAGCAACUUUUAAGCAAAAAUCAUCUAGUUGAGAUAUAGAUGAACAUCUCACUAAGUUACUGUUUAAACCAUUUGGCAUCCAAUGCUACAAACCCCGCCAUACUCACCCCAAUUACCCCCACCCCACCAGUUUUAAAAAGUAUAUGCUUCUCUCUUUCUGAAUUUUUAGCCAGAGUUUUGGUGUGGUCAGAUCAAGGCUUUUAACGUAAAAAUGUAAGAAAUAGGAGCAGGAGUAGGACACUGAACCGCCUCUGCUAUUCAGUAAGCUCUCAUCUAGGCCUCAAUUCCACUUCCAGCCUGUUCCUCAUUACCUUUGAUUCACCUUUAUGUUCAUGAACGGAACUGUUAGGGUAAAUUGGAGAUUAUGUUGCUAUUUGAGGAAGCCAAGGCUAGGUUUGGUAAAUAUGAUUAGAUUGCAAUAAAUCCAAUAGGUAAUUCAGGAAGUGGAACAUUGAAUAGAAGGAUCUGCUGAUGGGAUUGGACGAAGUGGAAGGGGAUGUGCGGAGCAAGAACAACAGUACAGACCAGCUGAGCUAAAAGACCCAUUUCCGUGCAAUGUGUGUGUAACUGUGUAACUGAAACUCCAGUACAUCAGGCUGCCUUGGAAGAGAAGCUUUGUGGAAAAAUGUACAUCCGUAUAUGAAUUUGAUACAUGUAUAAAUGGCUAAAUAUUCUAUUAAUGUAUGUUUAUAAACCUAAUAAAAAAAAGAAGGUUGCUAACAUUG